CGCGGCCCCGCCCCUUCCUGCAGCGCCUGCCCAAUGGGCGCGCAGGCCGCCGUUUAAAUGGCGGGGGCGGCCCGAGCGUUGGUGCCGCCAUGGGCAGCGCUGAGGGCGCAGAUUGGGUUGAUGUUGCCAAUGAUCUUUGUAGGACCUGUCACAUAAACCAGCACAUAAAGCAUCUCUCAGAAUGUGGGGCUGACCUGUUUGUUCGUCUUUAUGAGUCAAUCUUAGGAGAAAAAGUACCAGAUUUCAUUGCUACUCCCAGAAGCCAAGAAGAUGAUGCACAUAAUGUACAAGCAGUAAUAGAUUCCCUGGCAUUGGAUUAUUUGCAGGUCAGCUUAUCUCACAUCACAGGUGAGAACAUUGUGAAAGGAGACAGGGAGUCUAUCAAAAACCUCCUUGAAAUAUUUGAUGGUUUGCUGGAGUAUCUUAGAGAAGUCAGUGAAACAUCUUCUCAGACUGGAGCUGAGAUAAAUGUGCUGUCCAGUGAUGAAAUUCAAAUUGCACCUCAAGAGCAGCUGGAAAGCACUGCUGAUCAACUUACAGAACAUACACUACUCUCAUCAGCUGAAAGGUCCCAGUCAGAAUAUUUUAUUCUAACUUGUGAUACAGAUGGCUCAGGAUCUACCAGUGAAUUAAUUAAACUUGGAGAUACUGCUUAUUCAUUUUCCAAGAGAGGGGAAGGAAAGGACACGGAGGCAGAAGAAUCUGAAAGCACAGAGGCUCUUAUAGCAUUGCCCAGACAGUUCUCAGAAAGUGAAAGGGGCACUGAAAAUGAAAGGGAAGAUGGAGGGAUGGAGGCUGUUCCUGAACCUCACCAGGGGAGUUUGGGUGUCAGUGCUACCAAACUGGGGGAGCCCAUCCAGCAGGCAAUUCCUCUGCUGCCCCCGUUCCAGCCCUCAGAUCCAGCCUGGAGAGAUCCCCACAGCUCUCACAGAGCAGCAGCCCUGCCUUGCAGAGAGGCACUGAACAUUCCUGCUAUUGAAAAGUCACUUACCCAAAAAUUUCCUGAUGUUUCUGAUGGUCUUCCUCUAUCCAGAACAAUCCCUGGCACAGUGCCAUUAACUCACACUUACCUGUCAUCUGCUUCUGCAGUGGGAGAAAUGCUGGGAGGUGAUGCCAAGGACAAUGUGACAAAGGUGCCUCUGGUAUCUGAGUCUUCUAUAUCUGCCUCUUCUGAGGAAAAGCUGUCACAAGUGACUGAACAAGUAACACAAACCCCAAGACCUGAAUCUCAGCACUGGCCUAGAACAACAAGCAAAUAUGAAAAUUCCACCCCAGAUUCAGUUGAAGAUUCACUUACCCACAGAACAACCAAGGAGAAGGUGCCCAAGGAGCAGGAGUUCCAUGAAGCAUCAGAAAAUCUGUCUCGCAGGCUGAAGGAACUGGAUUUGAUGUUGAAGAGAGCUUUGGGUGAGCACACAGGAGGAGGGGAGCUGCCAGAUGAGGACAGCCUGUCCCACCACAGUGACAGUGCCAUGGACUAUGGCCGAAGGACAGCUGGGAGAGACACACCACAUCCAAGGUACCCAGGCAGGCCAAGAUCCCUCUCUCCAGCCUCUCCCUUGUCUCAGCACCAGGAACAAAAACAGAGGGGCAGAGGGACAGGCCAAAUAAAGACAAUCUUCAGCCACCUGCAGGAGGAAAGGGAUGAAAGAACAAGAAAAGCAAAGCUGGUCAGUAAAGCUUAUGAAAAUGAGCUGAGAAUUUUUGAAGCGAGGGAGAGGCGAAGAAUUGCCAAGCUCAGAGAAGCUGCCAAGGAAAUGGAACAAGAGUACAAAGAAAAUGUCUUUCAAGAACCUCCAAAAGUGUCUCAGCCAGUGAAAGUUUAUUCUAGAAAAACCACACCUCAGUAUCCCAAACACAGCCAGUGGAUUCCAAAACGAGGGAUCAGGAAGCCAAAGCAAGCAGCUCCAAUGACAAUAAGAGACAAUGACCUCCUCCUGCAGCUCCUGGAGGAGUUUCCCCACCUGCACAUUUCCUCCCGUACUCUGGAUAAAAUGUGGCACCAGCAGCUUGCACAGACCGAGCACCUCAAGGCACCCUCUGCCAGACCUAGACCAAAACUGCAGAAUGAAGUUGAACAAGCCUUGAAGAAACAUGAGCUGCUUGCUGCAAUUAUCAAGAGAGAUCAAGAUCACAGCAAGAGACUGCAAGAAAUGAAGCAGCGCAUCCAGCGGCAGAGGUGGGCUCAGAACAAGGUGACCGAGAGGCGGCAGCAGGCGGCGCGGGCCAGGAAAUACUACGAGGAUUACCGGGUGCAGCUCCGGGCCAAGCUGCUGCGGGCCAGGACACGCGAGGAGAGGAUAUUUAAAAACUUAUUUGAAGAAGGCUUAGAAAUUCAGAAGCAAAGGCUGAGGGAGCUGAGAGUUUAUGCUCGGGAGAAGCGUGAUGAGCAAUGGAGGGAGCACCAGGCUGAGCUGGAGUCCCUGGAGAACUACUACAGAGAUCAGUUUUCCAUGCUAGCAGAAGCUCUAUCUCAAGAAUUCCAAGAAGUCCAAGCCAGAGAGAAGGCACAAGCACAAAUGCUACAAAAAUCAAAAAGGGAGGUGAGAUCAAAGAUGGAGAAGGAAAUACAGCAACUGCAAGCAGCAAUCAUGCACAAUGAUGAUGACACCUUUUUUCAAGAACUGGAGGCAGACAGACUGAGAUCCAGACUUCAGAUGGCUUCCUUCCAGUACAGCCAGAGCCACUUCUUUUGACUUGGGCUGGGGUGAUGUUGGGCUCUACCAGAGGAAGCUGGGAUGAAGUCAGAGUGCUUUAGUGAAGUUUUCCUGGUGGAACAGUUGGAUGCUGAGGCUCCUCUGCAUCUGUGCUGGGGCUGUUGCUGCUAAGCCAGUCUGUCACCAUUAGUCAGAAAUCAUGGAUUGGAAAGCUCACAAAGCACAAGAAGAUCUUUGAAAGAACAUCAGAGGUUCAGGUUUCCUGUGAAAUGCCAAGUUAGAGAAUUCCUGCAAUAAACCUGACAUAAGUAACUGGGAAUUUAAAUACAUCAAGCAAGGGAAGACUUCUUCCACUCCUGCUUCAGUUGUAUUCACAGGGUUGGUGUUGCUGGCUUGAUAAAAUACAAAGGCAUAGAAAAUACUCUUCCUAUGCCACAAAUGUACUGGGAAAAAGAAUUUGAAACAGAAAACAAUGCAGAUUCUUCUAAAGCUGUGCAUGAUCAGCUUCUGCAAGAGGUGAACCCUGGGAAGGAGCUAUGGACAGCCCACACUCACAGGUGCAGCCUGGUUACUCCAUCUUCACCCUGACAGAACCAGAACUAAAGAAUGAUUAAAUAUUUCACCAGUCAGCUUUGACCUUACUUCAGGCUGUAAUUUCUGCUUCCAGGAGAGCAGGAGCUGCCAGCAGGCCCUGCACCUCCUGUAGCAUCUUGCAGCUAUAAACAGUGCAGGGCCAGCAGGAAAUCCAGGUCUCAGCAGCCAAACACUGGGGAGGUGCCAGCACAGAGGGAUGAGGGCUUGAACUCAGAACAAUUACAUAAAACCAAGCUGAUAUUAAUGAAGUUCAUUACUGAUAUAGCCUGUCUGACAAAACUGCAACUCUAAUUAGUUUAUCUUGCUAGUAGAAUAGUUCUUGCUUAAAAUUGCUGUGAGAGAAGUGAUACAGGAAUACCAGAUUUAACUGCACUGUACACACAAUAUUUAAAGGUUGCCAUGAGGGGGUGUCUCUGAUGGAACUGACACCACAGAGCAUUCACACUCAUUCAAUGAAAAAAGAGCUAAACAGGAAAAAAAGCCCCAACAUCUGAAGGAGCUUCUUUUACAGAUUAAACAAAGCAGCCAGCUGUUACAGCAUGAGACACCUCACUGCAAAAAUGCAGACCCAAAACCUCUCCACAAAACCAGAAACACAAAACCCUGACCUGUCCAAACCUUUUCAGGGAGUUGCUGCAAGCCUGGCUAACUUGAAGCCUUUAAGGGACAAUAUUUAUCACCUAAGUUGAUGAAUUUUAUCAAAUCUUUACCAAAUUU